AUGGUAGGUAACACACCAGACACAUCGGCUCAUUGGAUUCAAGAUGCACCUCUUCUCGUAGGACGAUCCAGUUUUGGUGCUGUAUUAUUACCGAAUCAACAUAUUAUGGUUGCCGGUGGUCGAUGCAAUUCAAGUGCUAUAUUACGAGCGUCUGGAAUUUACUCAGCAUCAACUGGAUGGAAUUCUACCUCAAAUAUGAAAGAAUCACGUUAUCAAUACACUUUAACUACAUUUGCAAAUAGUACUAAAGUAUUGGCAGCAGGUACUGAACAUCCUCCCGCUCAACAAACAGCUGAAGUUUAUGAUACCAAAAACAAAACAUGGACAUUAACAUCAACAAACAUGUCAACAGGUCGAUAUUUACAUACUGCUACACUUCUUCAAAAUGGUUCCAUACUUAUUAUAGGUGGAAAGAAUUCUUCUGGUACUAUUCUUUCUGAUGUCGAUAUCUUUAUGCCAUCUUCAAACUCAUUCUCUAAAGUUAAUAGUAUGAAUAUGGGUCGAUAUUUAUUUACAAGUACAUUACUCAAUGAUGGAUCUACAGUACUCGUUACAGGUGGUGGUAAUACUGACAAUCAAAUGACAUCAACUGCUGAACUUUAUGUAUCAGGUUCAUGGAUACCCACAAAUACUCAUAUGACUCAACCACGUGCUUAUCAUUCUGCUGUUCUUCUAAAGAAUGGAAAUGUAUUGAUUGCAGGUGGUGGAGAUGGUGGUACAACUUCAUAUUCAACUGCUGAGAUUUAUGAUCCAACGACACGUACUUUUAAGCCAACUGCAUCAAUGAAAUAUAGGCGAGGAUCAUUUACACUUACACUUUUACCAUCAGGUAAUGUACUAGCAACAGGUGGUGUCGAUUGGACAACAAAAACAUUACCCACGAUGUGUGAGUUAUAUGAUCCGAUAAGUCAAACAUGGUCGAAUACAACUUCAUUAAAUUAUGGACGAAGUCUUCAUAAUACAAUCUUAUUAAAUGAUUCCGUAUUAACUAUGGGUGGUUUUAAUGGUCAAAGUGCUCGACUUGCUAGCUGCGAACGAUACAAAUAUUAA